CGUGCCAUCAUGAGUUACAACCAGGGUCCUACAGACAUCCCGCUGGUGGAACAGACCUUUGGUCAGCUGCUGGACGACACGGCAGCUCGCUGGCCCGACACGGAGGCGUAUGUGUUCAAGAAGACAGGCGCAAGGGUCACAUUCAAAGACAUACAAGAUAAGGCCAGCAGACUGGCAGCAGGACUGAAGGCCAUAGGGACGGAGCGCGGUGACGUAGUAGCCUGGCUCGUGGGGCAUCGCCCGGAAUGGAUCUACUUGUAUUUUGCCGUGGCGAAGCUGGGAGCCAUCGCAUUGCCGCUUCUGGCGCCGCGUGUCGGGAGGAGCGAGGAGACAAUGACGUAUUGCUUGAAAAAGGCUGGAGUGAAGGUACUUAUCAUGGGUGACGUAACCGGAGUAGAUGAGACAGACGACACGGUCCCUUACCUGUGCAGCUUGUUUCCUGAAGUUAAAACAGCCAAACCAGGAAAGCUGCAGAUUGAAAGGUUGCCCAAGCUGACGAGUAUCAUUGUGCUUGGAGACAUCGCGACGGGAAUUGGUGCCUAUACUAUGGAUGAGGUUCAGACGAUGGGAAGCGAUGAGAAGAUCAUUGCGGAAGUGAGGGCUCUCCAAGACCAGCUGAGCUGUCACGAUACGUUCUGGCUACGUUUCACGUCGGGAAGUACUGGUCAACCGAAGUGUGUUGAGCACAGCACGUACAGUUUCUACAACUAUCUCCGUCUGGCUACCAAGCGUUUCCGCACGACAGCUGAGGGAACAGCACUCUGCCCUUACUUGACAUCCCCAUUAAUCGUGAACCUUCCCAUGUUCACCCCGGGGUGUGCGGUUGUUUUUCCCGCCAGCACAGCGCCGUCACCUGUUGAAAUCAUGGAGACAAUUCAGGAGGAGAGGUGUCUCUCGAUUAGCAUGUUAUACGUCAAGGAUUUCCACGACAUGCUUCACGAUCCGCGCUUGGCUGAGUACGACCUUUCCUCAGUUCGAGCAGUGACUAUAGGUGGCAAUGUCACGUCAAAGAGUCUGAUAGAUCGUGCAGCCGACGUCCUGCCAAACGUAAGAGUGGUGGUUGGCUAUGGAAUGACGGAGACCCUAGGCGUGGCGGGGAUUCCAGCCGACAUGACUGGAGAGGGGAAAGGAGCCACAGUAGGCAAGCUGUCACCGCAUGUGGAGAUACAGCUUGUAGACAAAGACGGUCGGGUUGUACCAUUAGGCCACGAGGGGGAGAUCUGGGUGAGAGGGUACAGCUUGUUCAAACGUUACCGUGGAGACGAGGAGAAAACGUCAAAGGCGAUGACAGCUGAUGGUUGGUUCAAAACUGGAGAUGUCGGCACUCUCGAUGAAGACGGUGUCUUGAGGCUCUACGGAAGAGUAUCGGAUAUGAUCAUAAGGAAUAACUACAACGUGUACCCUGCUGCAAUUGAGGCCCCAUUAUCGAAGCAUCCCAAAGUACAAGACGUCAGGGUUGUGAGCGUGCCUGACCCUGCAAGCGUGGAGGAGAUAUGCGCCUGUAUCAUCCUGAAAGAAGGGCAGUCUGCAGACUCAGGGGAGAUGAAGGUGUUUUGUGUUGAGAUCGGGAUGGUUCCUAUUGAGCUGCCGGGCUAUUUUAUCUUCUUGGACGAGUUCCCGGUGACCACGACACUGCAGAAGGUUGACCGGAAGAAACUGCGACUGAUCGCCAUUAAGAAACUUGGUCUGCAGGAGCCCUAG